AUGCGUCAGGAGGAAGGAGAAAUGGGGCCGACGAUGGGCUCCGCCGUGGAACCGUCUUCGGAGGUCCAGAACGGGCUGCCGCGGAUGGAGAAUUCUGAUCUCAAGCAGGUGGAUCAUCCCUCUUCCUCUUCGCAGGAAGAUUUUUACACUCAGAUGCUGUCUGGUCUCGCCUGGGAGGAGUUGAAUCGAGGGAACAUCAAGCCUCCCUGGGAGCCAGCGGCGGCGGAUGGUGGUGAUGGAUCGGAUUCCGGCGGCCAGAAGAUCUUUGGUCUCUCUUCUGCCUGGGGCGAUCAGUGGACGGGUAGCGACGAGCUCCAGUACCUGGCCUCCCAUGCCGAGCCGGGGGUAAUGGCACCGCAGUUGCAGGAGCAGGGGAUCAUCGGAGGUGGUGGUUCAACGCCGUCGGAGAUCUCUCGAGUCUUCCAGCGCAGCAAUGGCUAUGAACAGCAGCGCAUGCUGCUUCCGGUGACGGCGAAAUCCAUCGCCGCCGGCGAUCUAGGUUUUCUUCCGUUGCCGCUAUCACAAGGUGGCAGUGAUUCUGCCGAUUCGAGACUUAUCGCCAGACGAUCUAGGGAUGAUGAUGCCGAUCUCUGCUUCAGAUCUCCCAAUUCCUCGGUACGCUUCUCGAUGAUUCCUACCAUCCUCUCCCCUCUCUCUCUCUCUCUCUCUCUAUUUCACUCCUGUAAAUUCUCCGUCGCCUUUUCUAGCUCUGCGGUGGCUUCAGCGGAUCCCUUCAGCAGGAAAUCCAGACGGCCGCGAGGAACCCUCAGGUAUCUGCAACCUCCGCUUCUCUUCCAUUGCUGGAUGGCGGAGGCCGGAAUCAGGUGUCUGGUUUUCCACCAGUAAAUGCUCAUCUUCAGGUUCUUCCAACACCGGCGCCGUACAACGGCGGAGCUCCGGCGGCGGGGACUGGGCAGACGGCGGCGCCGCCGAGGCAGAGAGUGAGGGCGAAGAGAGGCCAGGCCACCGAUCCCCACAGCAUCGCCGAGAGGGUAAACCGAACCAGCAAGCUCUUCCGACGACCUCAAUCCAUCUCCUGUGAAAAUUCCUUGUGAGGAGGAGCUCAUAUGUUCUCUCUGGCGCUGACUUCUUGUCCCCCAGCUGCGCCGGGAGAGGAUCGCCGAGAGGAUGAAGGCUCUGCAAGAACUGGUCCCGAACCCCAACAAGGUCCUGAUCCCCCCCCCUCCCCCCCCUCUCUCUCUCUCUCUCUCUCUCUCUCUUUCUCCAGCUCUCAAUUCAUUCAGACUCAGCUUUCAAUAAAGCACACCAAGAACAGAUUGAUUUUUUUUUCCAAAAAUCGCGGAAAUAGUCUCCUCAUUAUUCCACUUGAUUUCCAGUUUUCUUGCAGAAUAAUCUCAAUGCAUGAACCUCUUGAAUAUUUUCCAUAAUUUCAACAGGUUUUCAUCUCAUCUCAAGCAAAAAAAGAAAAAAAAACUGAAGAUUUACAGAACCCAUUAUUCCUUGCGUUCAUAAUUAGAAAUUAUUUCUGGAUUCAUGACUCUUUUUUAAAAUGAUAAAAUAAAAAAAUAAAACUCUGAGGAAUUAAUGGGUUUUCGGGAGUGUGACAGACGGACAAGGCGUCAAUGCUUGACGAGAUCAUCGACUACAUCAAGUUCCUACAGCUCCAAGUCAAGGUAACUCUCUCUCUCUCUCUUCCUCUCAGAUUCACUCACAAAACUGCGAAUGUAUGCGCAUAUUAAUUCAUUAUUUGGUUAAUUAAUUGAUUAAUUGAUUAAAAGAGUGUAGAGUAAGAUCCGCCACGGGUGUUGUGGGCUUGUGCAGGUGAUGAGUAUGAGCAGAUUGGGAACGGCGGCGGCGGCGGCAGAUACGCCUCCGCCAUCAGAGGUGAGCCCUCAUCUUCCCCAUGGAGAGAAUUGGGCGAUGCCCGUAACAAAGGUUGACCAGUGAGGUGCCCUGGCAGGCGAUGGCGGCAGGCGGCGGAGAAGACCUGGCGGCGGCGGAGCGGCUGGUGGCGGAGCUGAUGGGAGAGGACUUGGGGGCGGCUAUGAAGUUUCUGCAGGCGAGAGGCCUCUGCCUCAUGCCCAUCUCCCUCGCCGCCGCCAACCCCGACGUCUAG